CGCUCCCCAUAUUUUCGGACGCAGCUACGGGUAUAAAAAGCGCACUGACGCUUAGAGCACCUACAAGCCUUUUCGCCUCGGCACACUGCGAAGAACACUGGUGAAGUAGACCACUGCAUCAUCAACCUUGAAAUCAUGAGGGUCAUUGCUGUUACCUUGAUCGCCCUUCUCGUUGCUGGAGCGUUUAUGACUUCCAGCGCACAAGAGGAAGAAAACCAAGUGGCUCACGUUCGAGUUCGACGUGGGUUUGGAUGUCCCUUGGACCAAGGCGCCUGUCACAGGCACUGCCAGAGCGUCGGACGACGCGGAGGUUACUGCGGGGGAUUUCUCAAGUUGACGUGCACAUGCUACCACAACUAGAAAACACCGAAGCUAGUAUGCCACCUCAAAUGUGAGGAGGAAUUCGACAUUGAUUCGUUAGACAGGAAUCUAUGGUGCUUUUCGGCAGACUGUGAGCUUAUUUGCGGGGAUGUUCUUGUCUCGGAAGCACAUCGACUUCUGUAACCGCGUAUUUACCGUCCUUGCGAUGGCCGUUCAAUAAACUCCUACCUUGCUUCGUAA